ACCCCGCCUUCCCGCGGCCUCCGGGCGCCGCCGGGACCCCCGGGCCCGGCAGGGAGCCCCGCUCUGCGGCGCAGGGGUCCGCCUCGACCCUCCGGCUCCGGCCGCAUCCCCACCCGCCCGGACCUGGGGCUCCGCGGGCGCUGCCGCUCCGUCCCCGCGGCUCCCGUGCUGCUUUUGCUUAUUGCCAGUCUCGGGCCCGGCCGCUAGCUGGGAACGACGCCGAGCUCCACCCGGAGUCCCGAGCCCGGCGCAGCUGGGCGCUCUCAGUGCGCUCGGCCUCGGCGCCGCUGCGCGGACCCCGCCGCCCCGCGCCCUGCAUGAGCGGAUGCCCGGCCCCGGCCUCGGAGCACCGGAGUCCCGGGCCUCCGCGGGGGGCGGGGCCGGGGCGGCCAGGCCACGCCCAUGGGUCCGCCCCGCGCGUUGAUGGACAGGCCGGGGAGCCAGCCCCGAGGCGGCGGAGAGCUUGGGCCCGGGACCUGCCGUGCGUUUCCUCCGGCCGCCGAGAAGACCUGGAGCGGCGCCGCCCCCCGCGCCGCCUCCCCGGCAGGCCUGGGCGCCCGCGCUGGGCAUGCUCAGUCGGCGGGGCCCCUUCCUCGGCCGGAGUCUGGAGCCCCGGCGCCGCUCGGGCCUGGAGCAGCCGCGGUGGGCGCGCCAUGGAGCCCUUCACGCACGAUCGGCUUCAGCUCCCGAGGAAUAUGAUUGAAAACAGCAUGUUUGAGGAGGAACCAGACGUGGUGGAUUUAGCCAAAGAGCCUUGCUUACACCCUCUGGAGCCCGACGAAGUGGAGUAUGAGCCCCGGGGGUCACGCCUGCUGGUGCGGGGGCUCGGCGAGCACGACAUGGACGAGGACGAGGAGGACUACGCGUCGUCGGCCAAGUUGCUGGGUAUGUCCUUCAUGAACCGAAGCUCAGGCCUGCGGAACGGCGCAGGCGGCUACCGGCCCAGCACCGAGGGGGUGUGCUCCGUGCCCUCCGCCAGGACCAUGGUGGUCUGUGUGCUCGUCAUCGUGCUGGCCAUCUCAGUGAUCAUGGUCAUCUAUCUCCUGCCCCGAUGUACCUUCACCAAAGAAGGCUGCCACAGGAGCAACCAGUCAAUGGGACUCAUCCAGCCACUGGCCACCAACGGGAAGCUGUUCCCGUGGGCACAGGCCCGGCUCCCCACGGCCGUGGUGCCACUCCGCUACGAGCUGCACCUGCGCCCCAACCUCAGCAACAUGACGUUCACGGGCUCGGUGGCCAUUGCCAUCCAGGUGCUGCAGGCCACCUGGAACAUCGUGCUCCAUAGCACGGGCCACAACAUCUCACGGGUCACCCUCUUGUCUGCGGUCUCCAGCCAGGAAAAGGUGGUGGAGCUCCUGGAGUAUCCGUUUCACGAACAGAUCGCUGUCGUUGCCCCAGAGGCCCUCCUGGAAGGGCACAAUUACACGCUGAAGGUGGAGUACACGGCCAACAUAUCCAGCACCUACUACGGCUUCUAUGGCCUCUCCUACACAGACGAAAAGAACCAGACCAAGUACUUUGCUGCAACUCAAUUUGAACCCCUGGCAGCAAGAUCUGCUUUUCCUUGUUUCGAUGAACCAUCGUUUAAAGCCACAUUUGCCAUCAAGAUCACAAGGGAAAAACAAUAUACUGCUUUAUCAAAUAUGCCCAAGAAAUCGUCAGUGCAUGUGGGAGAUGGACUUGUUCAGGAUGAGUUUUAUGAGAGUGUGAAGAUGAGCACCUACCUGGUUGCUUUCAUCGUGGGGGAAAUGAAGAACCUGACUCACGACUUAAAUGGAACCCUGGUUUCUAUCUAUGCCAUACCGGAAAAGAUUGGCCAAGUUCACCAUGCCUUGGAAACAACUGUGAAGCUUCUUGAGUUUUAUGAAAACUAUUUUGAAAUCCAAUAUCCGCUUAAGAAAUUGGAUUUGGUGGCCAUUCCAGACUUUGAAGCAGGAGCAAUGGAAAAUUGGGGGUUGCUAACCUUCCGAGAAGAAACACUUCUGUGUGACAAUAGUACCUCUUCAGUGGCUGACAGGAAACUCAUCACGAAAAUCAUCGCCCAUGAACUGGCCCAUCAGUGGUUUGGUAAUCUGGUAACAAUGCAGUGGUGGAAUGAUCUGUGGCUAAAUGAAGGUUUUGCCACUUUUAUGGAGUAUUUCUCCUUGGAAAAAAUAUUUAAAGAUCUCUCCAGUUAUGAAGAUUUCUUAGGUGCUCGCUUCAAAACCAUGAAGAAGGACUCCUUGAAUUCAUCUCAUCCACUGUCGUCAUCUGUUGGCUCUUCAGAACAGAUUGAAGAAAUGUUUGAUUUUCUUUCCUAUUUUAAGGGAGCUUCUCUUUUGUUGAUGCUGAAAAAUUACAUGAGUGAAGAUAUAUUUCAACAUACAAUUAUUCUGUACCUACAUAAUCAUAGCUAUGCAUCCAUUCAGAGUGAUGAUUUAUGGGACAGUUUUAAUGAGAUUACAAACAAAACACUAGAUGUAAAGAAAAUGAUGAAAACAUGGACUCUGCAAAAAGGCUUUCCAUUAGUGACUGUUCAAAGGAAAGGGAAGGAACUCCAUGUCCAACAAGAAAGGUUCUUUUUAAAUAUGAAACCUGAUAUUCAACCUUCAGAUGCAAGUUAUCUGUGGCAUAUUCCACUCUCCUAUGUCACUGGGGGAAGAAAUUAUUCGGAUUAUCGAUUGGUAUCAUUACUGGACAAGAAAUCAGGCAUCAUCAAUCUCACAGUGGACGCGGAGUGGAUCAAAGUCAACACCGACAUGAGCGGCUACUACAUCGUGCACUAUGACGAGGCUGGCUGGGACGCACUGAUCAGACAGCUGCACGCGGACCCCACUGUUCUGAGUGACCAGGACCGGGCCAGCCUCAUCAACAACAUCUUUGAGCUGGCUGGCCUAGGCAAGGUACCUCUUGAGAAGGCCUUUGAUUUGAUUGGUUAUCUUGGCAGUGAAAACUGCACUGCGCCCAUCACGGAAGCCCUGUUCCAGACAGGCCUCAUCUAUGACCUUCUUGAGAAACUGGGACAUCAGGAUCUUGCCUCCAGACUGGUAACCAGAGUAUUUAAAUUGCUCCAAGACCGAAUCCAGCAUCAGACUUGGACUGAUGAGGGCACAGUGUCUGCCCGCGAGCUUCGGACAGUCCUGCUGGAGUUCGCCUGCACCCACAACCUGGGGGACUGCCGAGACAUUGCCAUGAAGCACUUUGAGAAGUGGGUGGCAGCCAAUGGCACUCACAGCCUCCCUACCGAUGUCAUGACCACUGUGCUGAAGGUCGGAGCAAAGACUGAGCGGGGCUGGGCAUUCCUCAAGAGCAAGUACGUCUCCAUGACCUCAGAGAUGGAGAAGAAUAAAGUGCUGGAGGCUCUGGCCAGCUCAGACGACGUACGGAAGCUCUACUGGUUAAUGAACAGCAGCCUCAGUGGCGAUACCAUCCGGACCCAGAAGCUGUCGUUUAUCAUCCGAAAGGUGGGCCGGCAUUUUCCUGGAUACCUCCUGGCUUGGGAUUUUGUCAAGGAAAACUGGAGUAAGCUUGUGCAGAAGUUCCACCUGGGCUCUUACACCAUACAAAGCAUUGUUGCUGGAUCAACUCACCUAUUUUCGACAAAGACGCAUUUGUCUGAGGUCCAAGCGUUCUUCGAAAACCAGUCAGAGGCGACCUUCCGACUGCGUUGUGUCCAGGAGGCUCUGGAAGUCAUUCAGUUGAAUAUACAGUGGAUGGAGAAGAACCUGAAAACUCUGAUGAAGUGGCUGUAGCAUGUUCAACUGCACCUCACGAUGUCACCCGUUCUGAGAGUUUCAUAACUUUGGCUCUGCUGCUUUUUGCAAAAGAAAAAAAGUAAAAGAGAAAAAAAAAAGCCACAGUGUGAAGCCAGGAUCACUGUCAAAUCGUUUGCACUCCUAGGAGUCCUAGUUAGCUCAGGGCCUGUCUGGAUUUUUCAUCUGUCUUUUCUGAAUUGUCUUUGUAUGUAGUUGUUUAUGAUAAAAUUCUCUUCACCUAUAUGCCAACUAUCUACAGAAACAUUAAGUUUUCUAGUUUGAAGAUAUUCAAAUGGGGGAGGGGGCGAGGGGUGGGCAUCUGCUUGAGAAUCCUAUUCUCUUUCUCAAUUCUUAGAAAGUAUCUCGAAGGGAGCUCCGUAAGGCGAGGAAAGCUCUGCACUGGGGGCCACCAGCCCUGCUGCUGCCGGUUUGCUGCCAUUUGUUGCUUGUCAUUUGAAUGUGAUACAAAACUGGCUCCCAACGAACAGUAUGGUGGGGCUGGAGCUGAGACAUCGGGCAAGGCACCUGCCUUACAAAUGGCUGACCCUGGGCUCCAUCCUGGCCCCCAGAUGGCCUCCUCAGCACCACAGGAAGUGAUUCCCUGAGCACGGAGACAGGGGUGUGCCGUGAGCACUGUGGGGUGUGACCCAUAAACCAAAACUGGGUGUGCCCCAAAACCAAAUAUUCUGGCAGUGAAGUCAGUGAAAUGUAUACCGCUAUGGGGAUCUGGCCCUAGGUGCACAGAGCUACGCAGAAGGAGGGUCUUGGUUAACCCUUUGUUUUCUGGGAAAUAUUUAAAUAAGGUCUAUAAAAGUUACUUUCUUUUCUGCGGAACAGCCAGGUGCUACAGAAUUUUUAAAUUUUUGUUGUAUCGAAAAGCUAACAAGGCUAAAAGAUUAAAUUUUUCACUUUUUCUUUUUCAUCUAUCAUAGCAUUAUCAUAAGAAAAAGUCCCAACUGGGUUAACGAGUCAUUCUCCAUAACUGUACACCUUUAUCACACCGCCGUAUAUAUGCUUUAUAUUAUUAUAGAGAACUAUUUCUACAUUUAUGGCAACUAUUUUGUUCAUACUAGUGCUUUUUUAUUUUAUCUUCAUCACUGUAAAAAGAAAUUUUGCAAUUUGUUUGUCGCCUUCUUGCAUGCUAGACCAUGCUUUUUCAGUCAUACCCAUGGAUGAAUUUUCAUUUUAUAUGAUAGAAGUAGCAUAUUUUAAAAUAGGAUCUUUGAGGAAAAUAAAAACAUUUUUAUUUGGAGUUCACCAUAGUACCUUAAAGGAAUAAGGAGAAUGUGGGAUAGGUGUAAUUUGAUUCAAGUUCAAUAUGGUGGGCUUUGAAUUUUUUUCUACUAUCAAAAACAGUUCUUUUCUUAAGUUUUCUUUUUGUCAUGGCCAAACUGACAUAUGAAAGAAAUGGCCAAGAAAGGAAAGAAAAAAUAAAUGAGGGAAGCUGCCCAGAACUGUCUGGCAUUUUUAUUCCUUCCGAAGGAGAAAUACUGUACUUGAAUUUUCUGAGCUAUGCAGACUUACACCUAGAUUGUGUUUCCUUAGUUAUUGGACGAAAAACUCUCUUCCUGAGUAAUUACUGAGUACUUUGUAUAUUUUGUUUGAGAACCUCUAUGUACAUAAAAGAGUAGCUACCCAUUUCUGAGCACUUGCAACACUCCACAGGAUCAGACAUUGAUAGCCUUUCUUAAUUCAGCAGGUGUUAAGUGAGAAUAUGUGGGUUUGCAUAUAAAAUUAAAUUUUAUUUUAUCAAAAUAUUUUUCUAUAACAAAAUUCAGAAGGUGAGCAAGCUGAAUGAUAGCCUCCUUCCAUCCUGCUGUGUGACAGCCCCAUUUAGUCUUUUCUGAACAACAUUAGUCUCUGUUGUAGAUUGAAAAUCAUAUCCUGAGGAUCACAGAAUCGCCCAAGAGUGUCUUCUGAAAAUAGGGUGAUUAUAGGUCUUUAUCCAUCUUGUGAUUCGGCAAAUGAGUGAUAGAUAGUUUAGUCGAUACUGCAAGUUAGCGUGCUUUUAUAUUUGUAGAGUGAGAGAAAAUCCUAAACUUUUGAGGAGGUUUUUGAUUUAGUUUUUGUUUUCUACCGGAUUAUAUUACUAAAUACCACUUUGAUACAGAGCUUAGAUUUUGGUACUCUUUGAAAAUCAGCUUAAAAAUUCCUAUUUCACCAACCCAUCAGUGCGUUGCUUCUGUGAUGUAUGUUCACUCUGCGUCUAGCAAAUUCCCGUAAGGGGGCUGGGGGCAGUCUCAAAUAAAACCUUUUCACAGCAUAGGCUAAGGAAGAGAAACCUGCCCAUUGCUGUACUCAUACCUGUCUUGUACUCAAAAGUCGUUCAUUCCCCUGAUACCGGUUGCACCCUUGGCAGCUUUAUUUGUAGACCUCUUUUGAAUUAUUUCUAGGUAGUCCAGUCUCACCUCAAAGGUUCCCACAGAAUUCCAUCCUUUUCAGUGCUAUGCUAACGCACCCAGGACUUAGUGCAAACCCUCAAAACUAACGCUGAAUCAGGAGUCAAACUUUAGUGCUGGUGGAACUCGUAGUCGGGCAAGUGUGGCCCCUGAGACUUUGGAUGUGCCCCUGUGAUUCUGGUGGAAACCUGGCAGUCACAGGGUGCUUUGAAGUAAGUGCAUCCCUCCAGGACAUCGCUGUGAGCUUGAGGCAGGUUCUGUGUGCACCGUAGAGACAGGCUGCUGGAAGGGAACCCGAAGGGCACGUUUUUGUGGGACAGUAAAGAAAGAUGGAACUGGUAAAGAAAAGCUUGUCUGGAGAUGUCAGAGGUGAUAAAGGUGGAAGCCCUCAGGGUCUGAUUUGUUCCCCAUGGUCUGGGGCAUUAAAGCCCAGACAGUGUCAGCCCCCAGGCCCCUGGCUGGGGAUCCUGUUCUCGGUGAAACUGCCAUGUCCACCCACAGCAUCUUGUUCUCAGGGCUCCAGGUCACAGUGCCCCAGGGCGUGGAUGUGCUUCCAUCCUCUGCUCUUGGCCUAGUUAUCCUCCCUGCAGAGUGGAAUGCUUGUCCCAGAGUGCUGGGGGCAGGAGGGCGUGGAGUUCAGAGUGCCGUGCCCAGGAACCAAGUCUGCUUUGCACGCGGCCCAGACCAGAGACCCAGGCACCACAGCUGUGCCCGCCCUGGGCCUUUGUUGCCAUCCUGUGUGGUGGAUUCCAUCCCUAAAGAAUGCCUCACACACCCGUCCGUCCCUCUCCUGAGCAGUUGUGUAUGUUUUUGCUGUCUUUUGCUUGCUUUUAUUCUGAGUUGCAUCCUUUGCACUGGCACGUAAGUACCGAGAGAAAAGGGAUGCCCAGAGGCACGUGACUCUCCCUGCUGCCCUGUGCCUUCUGCGUGGGCAGUAGCUAACGCUGCUUUGCUUGCGCUGGGUGUCUUUUUUGGAUGCAGAUAUAUUUUACGUGUACAUAAUGUUUUUUUCUUUUUCCUUUUGAAAAAUAUUAUAGUUUCCCACAUUAUAUUUUUGUCCUGAUAGAAAGUCGAACAUUUUUCUCUAAAAAAUCUCUUACUUUCCCUUCCCUUUUUGUCAUACUUUGUAGACAAUAACUACAAAGUAUGUUUGUUCUGUGUUGGUUUUCAUUUUGGAAAAAGGUUGAAUUGGGAGGUGGGUGAGCAGAAUAUAAUUUUUUUUAAGUAUACAAGUGGUUGUUUUUUUUUUUUUUUGCUAUUUUAUAGUGUCGCUUCAUUUUGCACAUCAUCCUUCUCAUGGAUAUGCAGGUAUCUCAGUAGAGUAGCUGUGUCUGCGGCUGUUUCGAACUGAUCGUGGGGCAAGGCUGUGUGUGUGUGUGUGUGUGUGUGUGUGUGUGUGUCUAAGAUUCACUUGUACAAAGGAGUUGUUAUUCUUUUUACUGCAUUUUGUGGGCUUCUUUGCUGGAUACAUAGGUACUUAAUGAAAACUGAGGCCCAGAGUCUGACAAAACUCUACUUUCCCCUUCUCCUUUCUGCCUGAUUGAGCUGUAGGGACUCGUGUUCGGGUGGGGGUCAGAGGUGGGGCCAUGUACUUGAUGUGCCUCACCAUAAAUUGGCUGCUUCUUUGUCUUUGUAUUCUGGAUUCGUUCGGUGCGGCAUUCUUCUCAUAGCACCCGAGGCCGGUCAGGAAACGUGAAUGUCUGGACGGUUACGAGGCUUGCUUGUGCUUGCAGGCAUUAGCCGAUGGUCAUGUGGUGUGGGCCGGGUGUAGGCAGGUGCCGUGACUUCUGCUUCUCUGUUGUUCUGUUCACUGGGCAUCCCGAUGAAGGCAUCCUGACCCCCAGGGUUCUAGACUUGUCUCCUCUUGUCCCUCCCCCUCCAUGCCUGCCCAUGAGGGCAGUUCUUUCUGGGCAGAGAGGCAUUUUUGAGGUGUUUGUUUGAGAGAGAGAUGUCGGUGCAAGGGGCACCAACCUUGCUUUUUUAAAAUGUACAGAAAUGUGUGAGCUGUUACUUAAUUCCUUUCUUAAACCUUUGUCCUUUCCCCGGGGUUUUGGCUCUGUGCAGAAAACUGAAGUUCAGUUUACUGUGAGUCCUCACGACUCCCUUUGGUUAUAUCUUGCCUUGUGGGUCGUGGCUAGUGGAGUUGUUGAUUCAUUCUAGGGGUUCUUUGUGGGUACUAGGAUAACUACUUUAAUACAGCAUAUCCCCAAAGUGAAACAAAAUUCUUAAAGUCUGGGAACUGAGAGGUGGGGUUGUUGAGGCGCUUGCCUGACGCAGGGCUAGCCGGGGUCCAUCCCCAGCGCCCUCUGCAGUUUCUAAACCCACAAGGAGAAACCCCUGAGCACCACCGACUGUGGCCCCCAAGCAGACAAAGAGAAUGAGUGAAAGAUAGUUGAUGGGUUACUCUCGCUGAAGCUCUGUCAUGGAGCACGCAGCCCUGGUCUGGGACAUGUAGUUGCUGACAGGCAGGGGUAGCCCCCCUGUGUCUGUGUGGGCAGGUGAUUUGAGUUUCUUGGUGUUUCCGGCGGGUGGGAAGGGACUCGGAGCCGAGCAUGUGCCACUGUGACUAGAACAUAGUGUUUGCGUCUGUUUGGCUUUAUUCAUUCUGUACCCCAUCUCGCUGGCCAUGCAGGUACUAAUGACUUUGGAGGUCCGGAUGUAUGAAAAAUCUCCUCUUGUCCCCUUUCCUUAUAGCCUCUGUGGGCAAUAGUUUUAGAGUAGUCUAGGUAUUUUUUAUCUCUACCAUGAAGAUAUGUACUUUAAAACAUGUAUAUAGAUCUUGUUGCUCCUUUUUCCCGUUCACAUCAUUUUGUACCCAGACCUUUGCAGGGAUACUGAGGUACAUGAUGAAAAUUAAGGUUCAUUCUAUGAAAAAAAUCUCCUUUUGUCCCCUUCCCUUAUUGCCCGUGGGGGCAAUUGCUUGUAGCGUAGGUUUUUUACACACUUGUGGUGGGAGGGUAGUGGUGGAUUUCUGGUGUUGCAUCUUUUUAUAUGUGUGUAUAGAAAUGUUUGCUACUUUUUUGUUGUUCUUUCACUCCAAACACUCCCUUGUUUGGACUCAUAGGUACAAGGAGUAUCCCAGAGACCCAAAUCAGAGGUGCAGUGUUUGUCCCUUCCCCUGCCACCACUGUGUGUGGGCAAUAGGCCAACAUAGUUUGGGGCUUAGCUUCUUCAGGGCGUUUUGUCUUUCUAAUUUUGAUUUUUUCAAUAGGGAGUGAACUUGAUAGGCGACAUACAUAAUUUUUUAUUGUAUAUAAGUAUUUUUGCCUCUCUCAUGUUCGCUUCGUUUCAAAUCGAGUCCUUUGCAUGGCUGUUUAGGGACUUAAUGAAAGCUGAGAUUGAUUCUAUGAAAACUCUCCCCAAUUCCCUUCCCUGAUUGCCUUGAGGGCAAUGGUAGAAUAGAUGUUUGGUUCUCUUUUUUACUGGGGGCGGGGGUGGGGUGGGGUGCAUGGUUAUAGCUGUAGAUUGUGUGGGUGUGUGUGUGUGUGUGUGUGUGUGUGUGUGUGUGUGUGUGCGCGCGCGCGCAUGCAUUUUUAAUGUAGAUAAAUAUUCACUGCACUGUGUGUGUUCUUUCCUCGGACCCAGUUCUUUCUCUGGGACACACAGUGAAACAUGGAGGUCCAUGAGUAUGAUAAAUCUCCUCUGCUCCCUUCCCCAGUUGCCUCUGGUAACAGUUUUAUCGUUUGGGCUAGGUUGUUUGUUUGUUUGUUUGUUUGUUUGUUUGUUUGUUUAAGGGGAAGGAUUGUUUAGGGGGUGGGGAAUGUGUGUCCCUGUUUGUGAAUGUGUGUUUGUGAAUGAAUCUCCCCUCCUCUCUGGCCCAUGUUGCCUCUGUAGGCAGCAGUGACUAGGAUGAUUUGGUGGAUAUUUUUACGUUUGUGUUUUUUAUUAAAUUACCGUGAAUUACAAAGUUUCUUGGUUUUUUGAGGGAUUACUAUUUGGGGCAAGGGGUAUUCUUCAACAGAUGUAAAUACCUUUCUAUUUCUUAAUCUUAUUUUGUAUGUAGACCUCUGCAUGGCUUUGAGGAACCUGAUAAAAUUCGGGCUUGGUAGGAUGACAGACCAUUCCUUCCAGUCCGACCUGCCCCCUCUUCAGCAGUAGCAGGUAGAUUUGUUGUCUUGUGGUUGCUUUCAUCUAGCUGUCUAGAUCUGCGCCUUAAAGAUGUAAAUAGAUGUACUGUCAUGAUGUGUAUAUAUGUAUAUAUCCCUGGCCUCUUUGUCCCCCAGGAUUUCCCUUUUGUAGUCAGUUCCUUGCAGGGCUCUGACCUUAGCUAACAAAACUACAGACCCACCGUGCCCUGCCAGCACAGGGUGUAGGGGUGCAGUUAAUGCCCAGUAAGCAUGGAUGGGAGGAGACACUUGAAUGUGGCGAGUCAGGAGAGCCUAUCAGACCUACAGCUAGAGGUUAUGGAUUUGCACUGGAGGAAAAGGCAAAGGACAGGCUAUAGUUUGGAAAUACCAGGAGGACAGUUCAGUGCCAGCUCGGUGCUCAGGAUCCUGAGCAGUGUCCUGUUUGGGAUUCUAGUCAUCUAGGAGAGUUGGUUGUAGCAUUAUUGCUGUGUGCCCGGUAAAAAUCAUUUCAGUUUUUGGAAUGAACCUUUUGAGUUACUGCCAUGGACCCAAAACCUAAUCUGGAAAGAGUCUUGGGGGUUGGGGGGAACCUUUCCUAGCAGAGCUCCUCUGGGUGGCUGUGCUCUCCCUACUGCCCCACCGGCCUGGCCCACCAUGUCCUGUGUCCCUUUUGUCUGCAGCCUCACUUGCUCCAGCUCUCUUCAAGUGCUCUCAAAGACAUGACCCAUGGGAUCUCAUUAGCGAUGUGUUUCUUCCAGUGUGUUCAGACAUGUGUGUUUGCGUUCAGCAUUCGUGAAUCAUUCACGCACCACAUGGUAAAUGUUAUGAGUCCACAUUUGCCAUCAUCAAAGAAAGUGUGUGUGAAAAUCUGUCCAUAGCUCUGCCUCCUCGCGGCCUUCCCUUCCUUUCUUUAAGCUGCUUAUCGUUAUAAAAUUUACAAUUUGUAAUGAGUACAAUGCUAACGGUUUACCUUAUCAUUAUUAUUAGAAUCAUUGAAUGAUAGGAAUCCUAGAAAAUUUGCAGAGAUAUUUACCAUAUCAAAAUCUCAGGUUCUGGUGUUGAAAAAUUAGUAACUUUACUGUUACUUAAAUAUGUAAGGGGAAAAAAGUUUAUUUCUGACACACUCAACUUUGAUCCUCUAUACAAGGGAAGGAGGCAUCUUUUUGGACUAGUGGUCAUCAUUAGUGAUAUUUCUGAACAUAUUUCUUAACAGUUCUUAAUGUGAAGUGCUUCGAAGGGAGUAAAGUUCAUGGCUUAGUUGAAUUAAAUGCUCCAGAGGUUAAAUGCUGUAAAGGCAUCAGUAAAAUACUACAGUCAUGUCUGUACGUGUAUAUAAAAUAAGAAUUAAAACAUAAUUGGAGUAUUUGUAUUAAUCACCAAAUCACAGUGAGACAAAACUUACAAUUUUACCUGUGUCUUGAUUAAAUCCAAGUGUUCCAUGUCAUUGUGAAAAAAAAAAAGUCUUUCAAUACUUUCAAAAGUAAUAACUUCAAAACUUGUAAAGGUGUUAUGUUUUUGUACUUAAACUCCUGUAGAGAUCUCCAGUUCCUGGAGUCCGAGCUUGUGGGUGGAAUUCCAAAUUUGUAGCAUCAUCUGUCUUUCGUGGAUGAUUUGGGAAAUAGUAUGUAUAUAUAUAAUAUAUAUGCAGAUUGUGUUGUUUCCUUGUAAAGGGAAAAGGCUUAUUUUUCUUUAUACUUUUGACAACUUGUUUUGCAUAUGAACAGCACUAAAAGGCAUGUGUAACUGCAAGCACUGUUGCUUUCCUUGUGAAAUGAAAAUAAAGUAUUUAAAUAUAA